AUGAUUAAACAUUAUAAAUAUUUAAACACAACUAAAGAGAUUAAUGUCUAUUAUGACCUCGAAACUUAUUUCCUAAAACACAUUUCUUCAAUGAUUAUAUUUCGGCGACUAUUUUAAUUUGCAAGCGUGAUAUCUAUUAAAGAUAGUAAACACUUUAAUACUAAAAAAAAUAAACUUAGAUCAUAAAGAAAAUAAAUCAGACUACUGAAUAGAGAGAUAUCAUUUUAUAAGUAGCUUAGAUACAGAUUAGGUUAAUUAGCACCCGCAUUUAGACACGGUUACUUAAAAUUAUUAAGACUUGAAAUUGAAAAUAUAUUAGUAUAUGACUUUAAUUAUUAGGAGUAAUUGACAUAAAAAAUCAUUUAGAAAUUGAACCAAAAUAUAUAAAACUAUACACAAGACUAUGUUUACUGUUAAUCAAAGAACCUCAACUAACUAUAGUCAAAAAGAAAUAAAAUCUCACUUUGUUAAAAUUCAACUUCUAAAGAAUAAAAGAAAGAAGAACUUCUCUUAUUAAACCAAAAGAUAGAGAAAAAUACCAAAAAAAAAAAAAAUUUUUUCGAUAGAGAAAAAUACCAAUUCAUAAGAAAGUUUAAAUCUAUGGGAAGUACAUAUAUCGGAGGCUUAUUUUAUCCAAAUUGCUCCCAAUUCAAGUCAUAGUAUUAACAAUUCAAGAGUUUAUUUCUAAUUUUGUGA